GAUCCUUCCCCUGGCCCCGCUUCGGGUCAGAUAGACUUCUUCUACCCAAGGAGGCUCUUCAUCACCAUCAGAUGGUGAAAUAGGUAUUAAAAGAUUUUCGCCCUCUGCGAAGCGGACGCGUAUUUUGAAGGAUACCUCCAUGGCUAGAUGUGAAAUCUGUUGGGAGAUUUUCGGAAUAUGCUACAGUUUGUCCUAUGAACCAUCAGUGAAAGAGCAACUGCCUUCCUCAAAUCAAUCACUCCAGCUCAAUUGGCAAACAAGGGACUCGCUCGCUGGGCUGCAGAACAGUCUGAACCUAGAGCAAGGAUUGAUUUGAUUGCUUGUUGUCACUAACUCUUCUUGUGACUCUUUUACUCUUUUUAUGUUGGAUUUUGGAAAUCGUUUGCAAGCCGCCUAGAGCCACUGAAAGUGAGCAGGCGGCCAUAGAAAUUCUCUAAAUAAAUCAAUCCUUGAAAUAAAUAAAGAUUUCCAGCAAGGAAGGGAAGUCACAGGAAAAAGGGAGCCUGUGGGCUGGAUGCAAAGAUGAAACAAUCAGACCCACUGAUGGAUCUGAAUUUGGAGAAGAGCCCUGUUGAGGCUUUUGUUCCUGGAGAGUUUCCAGGCUUCCUAGCCUCGAAACAGAUCAAACGAGAUCCUGAAGGGGGACAAGACCAGGAUUGGGAAGGCCAGGGGCAGCAGGAAUCCUUAAAGUCAAGGCAUCUCCCUCAUUCAGUUGGGCGGCAGAGGAAUUUUGACCCCUGGGACGAUGCCAAGUCGUUUUUGAUCUCCUUUGAGCAGGUGGCUGAAGCUUGCCAGUGGCCUAAAACCGAAUGGGUGGCCCGGCUUCUACCGGCACUGACUGGACAAGCCAGAGAGGCCUUUAACAGCCUGGAAAACGGAGACCAAGAAGAUUAUGGGAAAGUCAAGGCUGCCAUCAUGCGAGCAGCAGCCUUCAAAAUGGAGGCCCAGCGCCAGCACUUCCGACGGUUCCGCUACCAUGAGGUUGAAGAUCCGCAGAGAGUUUAUAGACGUCUCCGGGAGCUUUGCCACCAGUGGCUGAAGCCGGAGAGACACACCAAGGAGCAGAUCCUGGAGCUGCUGAUCCUGGAGCAGUUCCUGGCCAUCCUGCCCCCGGAGAUCCAGAGCUGGGUCCGGGAAUGUGACCCAGAGAAUUGGAUCCAGACUACUGAGCUGAGGGAGGAUUUCCCGAGGAGCCAAAAUGAGGCAGAGACGUGGAAACCACAGGUGCCGGUAUCUUCCAAAGACAGGAUUGAAGAUGCACGCAAUCCUGUAAAGGAACUGCUGUUUGUGGAGAAGGAAGAAAAUAUUCCUAGGAUUCGGAGAUCAACGCAUCAAGGUUUGUGGAUUUAG